AUGAAUGAUGAUGAUAUUCUAAGACUUGAGGCUGAAGAGUUCUCUACAAUAUGCCUUAUACUUAGCAGACUCAGUAACCUUGAAACCAAUUGUAAGCACUUUGUUUAUCUAGAAGUGCCAAAACAAAAGCUGCAGGCUACUUCAGUGUCCAUGUCAGUCUCAGCUAGUCCAGCACCACUAUUAGGGGAUCGACUGUGUGAGAAUGGAUUUGAAUGUGUUAAAAUUCUCCCAGCCACCAAUGAUGCACAUGGAGGAGUCAUUGUGGAUUUAAAGGAGGCUGUGGACUCUGAAGUUUUUGCUACUUUGCUUAGAUCUUCACUUUUACAUUGGAAAAAACAGGGAAAAGAUGGUGUUUGGAUCAAGUUGCCUAUCGAGCUUGUUAAUCUUGUUGAAACUGCUGUCAAGGAGGGUUUUUGGUACCACCAUGCAGAGCCAAACUAUCUAAUGCUAGUUUACUGGAUUCCCAAAAUUGGCUGCACAAUACCUCCAAAUGCUUCCCAUUGUGUAGGAGUUGGCGCUAUUGUCUUGAAUGAUAAGAAAGAGGUGCUUGUGGUCCAGGAAAAAAGAGGUGGAUUCCAUGGGAUUGGUGUUUGGAAGAUCCCUACUGGAGUGGUUGAUGCAGGUGAGGAGAUUUUUGAAGCAGCUAUUAGAGAAGUGAAAGAAGAGACAGGAAUUGAUACGAAAUUUCUGGAAGUACUAGCAUUCAGACACACACACAAUUCAUUGUUUGGCAAAUCAGAUAUAUCUUUUGUUUGCAUGCUGCAUCCUCUGUCUUUUGACAUCAAAAAGCAAGAUCUGGAAAUUGAGGCAGCUCAGUGGAUGCCAUUCGAGGAAUUUUCUGAGCAACCUUUCAAUGAGAUGCAUGAACCCUUCAAGUACAUGAUUGAAUUAUGCUUGGCAAAGAUGGAAAAAGUCUAUAAUGGAUUCUCUCCGCGACCUGUCUCAUCAUAUUUCGUGGAGGACUUGAAUUAUCUGUACUUGAACAGCCAUGAACUCAACAAGUCUUCUUAA